CAAACUAUGGGGAGCGAUGGUCACCACAUAGAAGUGAGAAGCGGUGGAUCCGACAAACUAUGGGGAGCGAUGGUCACCACAUAGAAGUGAGAAGCGGUGGAUCCGACAAACUAUGGGGAGCGAUGGUCACCACAUAGAAGUGAGAAGCGGUGGAUUCGGCGAACUAUGGGGAACGGUGAGUGAGGGGCAGCGUUUCCCCUUCCAAGUGAGGAUCCUGUUUGAAGACGGUACAGAAAGAGUGGAGGAGUUUCGGUUUCGGGAUUUUGCAGAGUGGAGUCUCUCAGAAGACGACCUUUGUUUCUUCGUUCUGAACAGAUUUAGGACCAAUCACCCUCCGCCACCACCGGGGCCAUGUUUUAUCGCCGGAGGAACAGCCCAUGAUAUCACAGACACGUUAGGUGCAGUCACGUCCAUUGCGUUGGUGUUACCUAUCGGUUCGGUGAGAUGGAGAGCAUGA